GUGGACCACCUAGCAAUAUUGUAACCCAUCUCAUAUCUCAAACAAAGCCGAAAGGACCAUCCUUCUCCACGACCUUCUACUUCUACUCGUACUUCUUCUUCCUUUAAUCUCCUGACGCUUCACACAAACUACAUUUUCCUUUUCUUCCUUUCACCUACUUCACGACCUACGUCUUUUCCCUUCCAACCCUUUACAUUCAUUCGCUCACAACUCGAGUUUGGUUCCUUGGUCUUUUUUCUUUUCUGUCUUAUUCGAAUACCCAAAUCAAUUUUAAGAUGAGUUCGCAACGAUAUGAGAGGGUAUCUGCGAACGAUGAAGAUACCCCUCCGACACCUACAUCCCCUCCGCCAUCCUUCCGAUCGCGAGGCUCCUCUCCUUCUUCACGACAUCACGUAGCGCCCGUCGACCAAAAUCUAGCGGAUACUUUUGAUGAUGGAUCUGAUGAUGAGGAUAACGAUGGAGAUGAUAGACAACGAUUAAUGCGUGGAAAUCCUUCUUCGUCAACGGAGAGAUUGAAUGAGACGACGAGCGAUGAUCGACCAACUACUCAGAGAACAGUAACCGUCGUGCCGACAUUUGUACCGCCAACAGGUGGAAGGGUUUAUGGCGGUGGUUCGGGAUCUGAUGGUGUUUUUGCGAAUCUAAGUGCUAAGCCUGAGAGAGGCGAGAAACAAGAAGAACAUCCUCCUACGUACGAACAAGCAGCCGCAGAUGCCGCACCACCGUACUGGGAAACCACCAUUCUCGCUCCCGGACUUGGUGGACUAGAUGAAGUAUACGUCGAGGGUCUUCCAGUUGGCUCUUUAUUCUCUUUUAUCUGGAACGCCAUGAUAUCCAUGUCUUUCCAACUCGUUGGUUUUCUCCUCACAUAUCUAUUACAUACCACUCACGCCGCCAAAAAUGGAUCCCGUGCCGGUCUCGGAAUUACGCUUAUUCAAUAUGGUUUCUAUAUGAAAGGAACAAAUAAUGUCGUUACGCCACCUUCAGGGGGAAAUGAUGCAUCAUAUGCUCAACCUCCCGAUCCAAACUCUCAUGACUUCGACCCCGAUAAGGUUAAUGCGGCUGCUACUGCAGGAAUGGAUUCGGGAAGUGGAGGAAUUGGUGAUAUCGCUAGUAAUGAAUGGUUUGCGUAUGCAUUGAUGAUUGUUGGAUGGUUCAUCUUGAUUAGAGCGUUUAGCGAUUUCAUCAGAGCGAGGAGACAUGAGCAAUUGGUGUUACAAAGUCCGGAUCGUGGACUACCAGUUCCUAUUAUUGCGACUGGAGAGGAGAGCGAGACUAUUGUUUAGGGAUGGAUAAAUGGAUAGGGUUGAAUGGGGAUAUGGACAACUGGAAUGAUAGGGAAGAUAUUCUUCACACGUAAAGUAAAGCAUAGAAGCUUACCCGGAGUUUAAAUGGAAAGGCUAGGCUAGGAUGGAUUCAAGAGAUUAUGGAUGGGAGAUAGGGAAGGGAUCACUUUAAAAAAGAAUUCCUGGCAGGGUUACUACAACUUUUUUUUUACUUUUUUUAAAUAUCAUCUGGUUGGACAAGCGGGCGUUAGAUAAUCUCAUUCUCCCUUUUCUUUGUCUUGUAUUGUGGUAUGGUUUUUUUGCUACUGCUUGCUUGUAUCGAUCGAUAUACUGGUGUAGGCUGGCUUGCUGAGGAGUGUGAAGAAGAUUGAGGAGUAGAUGAUGUAUUAAGUUGAGAUAUAUUAAUGAAUAUGUGGGAUUUGUAUACAAUUACAAUUACAAUUGCAAUUAUCAAUUUUCAAUUUUCAAAU